UGGAAGACCACUUUUGACUUGAGCAGUGGACUAUUAUUCAUAUCAUCUAGAACAUCUUUCCUAACUCUUCCCACCUCCCUCAUCUUUCGUUAUAAAAUCAAACUCCCUCAAUUAAAUUAUCACCUAAUUCUCGAUUCUAAAGCUACAAAUUACUUCCCAGUUUCUUUGCUCAUAUUCCAAAUGGGUGAAAAUGCUUCAAAUGGGUUUGAAUCUCCUCGGCCGCGGUCUAACCUAUUGAGGGAUCAAGUCCAGUUAGUGAAGAGAAAAGACUCUGAUCGUUGUGAGAUUGUCCCAAUUGACGCUCACUUAAAAUUUGAGAAGGGAUUUUUUGUAGUGAUCCGUGCUUGUCAGUUGUUAGCCCAGAAUAAUGAGGGAAUAAUAUUAGUUGGAGUUGCUGGUCCUUCAGGUGCUGGGAAGACCGUGUUUACUGAAAAGAUGCUCAACUUUAUGCCUAGUAUUGCUGUUAUAUCAAUGGACAAUUAUAAUGACUCCAGCCGAAUCAUUGAUGGGAAUUUUGAUGAUCCACGGUUGACAGAUUAUGUCACACUACUUCAAAAUAUACAUGAUCUGAGAUCUGGACAGCCUAUUGAGGUUCCAAUAUAUGAUUUCAAGUCCAGCUCUCGAACGGGCUACAGAACAAUUGAAGUACCCAGCUCUCGUAUAGUAAUCAUCGAGGGUAUCUAUGCAUUGAGUGAAAAGUUGAGGCCUUUCCUGGAUCUUCGUGUGUCUAUUACCGGUGGAGUACAUUUUGACUUGGUGAAACGUGUUUUACGAGACAUUCAACGUGCUGGCCAGGAUCCUGAAGAAAUAAUUCAUCAGAUUUCUGAAACGGUGUAUCCUAUGUAUAAGGCAUUUAUCGAGCCUGAUCUUCAAACAGCUCAUAUAAAGAUUGUCAACAAGUUCAAUCCUUUUACUGGCUUUCAGAACCCCACAUAUAUUUUGAAGUCAACAAAGAUUGUGGAAGAUGAGCAAAUCAAAUCAGUGAUGUUAGAAGAACACAAGGAAAUUAACGAGGAAACAUAUGAUAUAUACCUUCUACCACCUGGCGAAGAUCCUGAAGCUUGCCAGUCAUACCUAAGAAUGAGGAACAGAGAUGGAAAAUACAAUCUGAUGUUUGAGGAAUGGGUUACAGACACUCCCUUUAUAAUAUCACCUAGAAUCAGUUUUGAAGUCAGCGUCCGUCUUCUUGGUGGUUUGAUGGCUUUGGGGUACACUAUUGCGACCAUCUUGAAAAGAAGAAGCCAUAUCUUUUCUGAUGAUAAAGUUAUUGUGAAAAUUGAUUGGCUAGAACAGCUAAAUCGCCAAUACAUCCAGGUUCAAGGAAAAGAUCGGUCAUAUAUUAAGUUUGUAGCUGAGCAGCUGGGUUUGGAUGGUACAUAUGUUUCGCGUACUUACAUCGAACAAAUCCAGCUGGAGAAACUUGUGAAUGAUGUCAUGGCUUUGCCAGAUGACUUGAAGACAAAGCUCAGCAUAGAUGAUGAAAUAGCUUCUAGUCCUAAAGAGGCACUUUCUCGAGCCUCUGCAGAUUGGAGGGUCAAAUAUCUGCACGAACCUAAUUCUCCAUCUCAUCCUAAGUCAAGAAAUGUUUCACGUUCAUUCUCAACACACCGAGAGAAGGUCCUGUCCAGACUGACAAGGCUUAAUGUGGAUGAAAGAAGUUUUAAUGGAAAUGUCCCCCGGUCACCUGCUGGCGCUGCAAACCAAGGAGCUGUGACUCACCUGUCAGAGCAAAUAUCCACGUUGAACGAGAGAAUGGAUGAAUUAACAUCUUGUAUAGAAGCGCUGAACUCCAAGGUUUCCAUUGAGACGGUUUCUUCUAGCCAACAAAACUUGGCUCUACAGUCUGAAACAUGUAAUGGCUCAACUCCUCAACUUCUGAUGGCUGGUGGACUAAGCAAUGGUCCAAUGACUGGUGGGCUAUUAUCUCGUUCCUCAUCUGCUUCCCAGUUGGCCAAGGAUUCUCAAGUUAUCGAAGAGGUAAUGGUUGUAUCAAGAGGGCAACGCCAGAUUAUGCAUCAGCUGGAUACACUGAGCAGCCUUCUCCACGAGUACUUUGGAGAGAAAUCCCGCAAUGACAGAACAGAUAGAACUUUUGAUUCUUUAUCAAUUGCCAUUGCCAUCCCUCUUUUUGCAACCGUAGCUGUUGGUGGUUUAGGAGCUCUUUUAUUUAGAAGCUUUCCCUCUCAAAAAUAGUUCUCUCUUCCCUGAUUCACUCGGUUUCAAAUUAUUUAGCUCAAAAUACUACAGGAUAAAAGUUAUAAAUAUACUUCUAUGAUGUAAUUACUGUUUAGUUUCCUAUGAGAAGUUUGGCUUGUAAUUACAACACAAUAAUAGCAUUGUACAUGUAUAGGUUUUCUGUUGUGGUGUGCAAUGCCCAAUUGCCCACAGUUCCAUGUAAAUAAAAUCAAUUACUUGAAAUAAAUAUACACAUUAUGUGAGAUUAUGUUACAAAGUUAUCCUGUUUUAGGAUUUUA